AUGCAAUUCACCCCCGACACUCGGAAUGUGGGAGGGCGAUAAUUAAUAUUAUCCUAAUUAUGGGGUCAUAGAUUAUGCCUUUAAUAAAUUAAAGAAAGGCAUUUAAAUACAGAAAUUAAAUGUUCAUUUCUGAAGAAGAACGAUAGUUCAAAACUCCCAAUUUCUACAAGAAUAAAUGAUUUCAAUAUGGCUAUUCAUAGAAAAAAGUUAUAAAAUAUCAAGGAAUGCUUAACAGACAGAAGUAAUAAAGAGCCUUCUUAUUUUUUCAGACGUUUGCCUUCUCCUUAAGGUAUAAAUUCAAAUCCAAUCUGUAAUAAAUUAACCAUGAUAAAAUCCAAAUCCACAUAAGAGAAACUUUAAAAUCCAAAAAUCCUACCUCCUCCAAAAAUAGAUAUUGAAAAAUUUAUCCCUAAAAAUACUAAAACCAAUAUUUGUUGGAUUGAAUUAAUUAAUAGUUUACAUGGACCAUAAUAUCCAAUUAAAAAAUGGAUAAAAUAAUUGGCCAUUUAAAAUAAGAUAUUUGAUGAAAAUGAUUUUGCAAUUUUAAUAAGAAUUUUAGUAUAAGCAUAUUAAAUUAAGUAAACAACAUUGGUUGGCUUAGUAGCAGAAAUCAUAGAAGAAUUUGAAAAAUGA